AUGCCGGUGGAAGUUGCCGUGCCAAACUUUCUGCCCGAGCUACAAAGGACUCGCGCCUGGCUGCAGCGCGAACGCAGAAGAAACGGUCCCCACUCUGCCUCUGACUGUCGAACAGUCGGUGGCGGUGGCGGUGACCACGGGCGUAACGACACACGACGCCCAACCAUGACAAGAUUACAGUCUGGCUCUGGAAGUCUGGAGUGUAUGCCAUGGCUUUGCUUAGUUGCGCUUUUCAAACCAGACGGUGAUCUCCUGACCUGCUCCACUAGCCUUGUUCUUGCCCGGAAUCGCAUUGGCUACACGAGUUUGCCAGGAAUGUACAAGACGAAUGCACGAGAUGCUCUCUUCCUGGUAGAUGUACAUGGUACUCCGCAUCCUUGA